ACUUAAGUUGGAGGAAGGUUGGUGAAAUUCAUCGUGUGUUCUCCUUGGUGGCGCCAUGCAGCCUGCCAUUCUCUUCUCGCGUCAAACCAUUCCGCGUCGGUUUUAUUGACUUUACCAGUGGCGGCUUUGUGCCGCGCGGUGCCUCCUUUCCCCUCGUGGUUCGAGCUGCCGAGCGAGGUGGACGCACGCGCAUGGAGGAAACAAGGCCGCCACGAGGCUGAAAUCGUAGCAGAGCUUUCGUUCUCCGGGGAAAUGGGUUGCCUCGGCCGCUUCAGGAGCAAGAUCAGGGCAGGCAAGGGCAAGAGACCGCACGGGAGGCCGGUGCCGGGGCCGGGCGCGUCGUUCACUUCCGAGGCCACCUGCUCGACGGCGUCCUCGUCGGCCGCGGCCACGGCCACGAGCCAGUCCCAGUCCCAGGACUCGGGCGCGACCGUGCGGCCCGGCGGGAGCAAGUCGUCGGGGUCGGCCUCGUCGGCGCGGAGCAUCCCGGAGCUGUACGAGGAGCGGGGCGCCAGCAGCCUGCGCGAGUUCGGCCUCCAGGAGCUCCACGCCGCUACCAGCGACUUCAGCCGGCUGCUCAAAAUCGGCGAGGGCGGGUUCGGGAGCGUCUACAAGGGGGUCGUCCGCCUGCCCGGUGGCCCCGCCGGCGGCACCGUGGUGGCCAUCAAAAGGCUCAACACCAGCGGCCACCAGGGCCAUAAGCAAUGGCUGGCAGAAGUUCAUUUUCUAGGGGUUGUCGAGCACCCGAACCUCGUCAAGCUCGUUGGUUACUGUGCUGCCCGUAACGAAAGAGGUCCUCAGAGGCUGCUUGUCUACGAGUUCAUGACGAACAAAACCCUGGAUGAUCAUCUAUUCAAUCGAGCGUACCCUGUUCUUCCAUGGGGCGUCAGGCUGGAAAUAGUAUUUGGUGCUGCUCAAGGUUUGAUGUAUCUCCAUGAAGGGUUGGAGGUUCAGAUCAUAUAUCGUGAUUUCAAAGCUUCCAAUGUUCUGCUGGAUGAGGAGUUUAGACCGAAACUUUCAGACUUUGGAUUAGCGAGGGAAGGGCCAUCAGCAGACCAAACUCAUGUGUCUACAGCGGUUAUGGGGACCUAUGGUUAUGCGGCUCCAGACUACGUUGCGACAGGUCAUCUCACCACCAAGAGUGAUGUUUGGAGUUUUGGAGUAGUACUCUAUGAGAUCCUCACCGGACGACGUUCUAUGGAAAAGAACCGCCCCAAGAAUGAGCAGAAACUGCUGGAAUGGGUAAAGCAGUAUCCUGUCGGAAGUAAGCAGUUCAGCAAGAUUAUAGACACAAGACUCGAAGGCCGUUACUCUAGGCAGGGAACUAGAGAAAUUGCCAAGUUGGCCAACACCUGCCUUGCGAAGCGCUCAAGGGACCGUCCAACGAUGAGACAGGUGGCUGACAGCCUAAAGCAAGUGAUGCAGCUCAAGCAGUUGGAUGGUGAAAGUGUCGCAUCAGGGGGCAACUCGCCACCUCAUGAUGUCCUGGGUAAGCCAACAGCAGACGAUAUUGCCGUGGCUUCAGCAAGGCGGCGGAUGCUUCACCUUGCUGCUCUAGGUGAAAAUGGAAACAGCAUCGCAAGGAGGAGAUUCAUGUUCAUGAAGGCUGCCGCUGCUCCAACUCCGACGUGAUCUUCUGUAACAAUUAAUGGCCUAGACUCCGUGUACAUUGUAAUGCGUCUAUGAAGAAAAAUCCAUUAAUGGUGAUUUUUCCUCCUUAUCAGUGUACACAACCUUUAGAAGAUCUAAUGUUUUGUUUACUUCUCUUCAUACGUAGUUCUUUAGGUUGAGUUGCAUAUUUGGAACUUGAGAGUUCCUGAUGUGAAGGGUUGUUUAUAGUACCAAUGUAGGUAUGAAAUGUAAGUCUGGUUUCUAUGUUCUACCGUGUAUCCAACCUUGCAAGGUAGACAUUGAAAAUGGUGGCGUCUUGUUUCUGCAGUUGCUAGCCAUAUAUUUGAGGUCCGAUAUCGGUAAA